CAGACGGCAUUGACGGACAUAACAGUGGAAGUACGUUGUGUGUGCGUUAAGAGGUGAAGCAUAGAUGCCAGCGCUUAAGAAGUAAUUCCUUGCCUAGCCAAGGUAUUUUUUUUUUCGUGUACGGGCAAAUUGUGUUGGAGUACUUCUGAAGAAGGAAGCCUCACCUCCCUAGAUCAUUCCUCGAUCGCCAUUGGUAAGGCACCCAGCAGUGUGUGGACUCAGUGCACUAUGGCUUCGUGUCGUUCGCGUUCUUCGAGUACCGCUACUGUGACUGUGUGAACCCCCUCCCCGACACGGCCAUUGUGUACGGCCUUGGAGUAUCAUCUAUCGCUGAGCUACAAGGAGUUUUCUAUCUCCUCGUGAAAGGAAAAUCCGCCUCUAGUAGAUUACCAGUGUGAUUUGUGUUAUUCGUGUUCCGACUGCAGAUGGCAAAGGGCGACAACUCUACGCACUGCCAAAGCUGAAUACAGCUCCUCAUCGCCCUCAGUGUGAUGGAUUGUGAUGUGGAUGCUGAUUACCAUAUCUGGAGAAGAUCAUGAGAUAUACACAAAGACCAUCCCAUCUCCGUGUCAGUGGAUGUAGGACGGAAUCCAGCGACUGCACUUCAUUGAUAUCUACGAGGUGGCUGGAGAGACUUCGACCUUCGUGAUGAGAGUCACCUGUCUAUAAGACCUCACUUUUUGACGAUGCAGCGCAUGAGCAGUCUCACUGUGGACUGACCUACUUCUUAAACUGCUGGACUGGGAUUUGUCUCAGAGAAACCGGACACCGAUACAGCUCGUACAGUAACUGUAGGCUUCGUCCAUUUGCCCGCCAUCAGAACCCGGCCUCUAAUUCACUUCAUCGCCAUGAGUGACACUGAAGACCCCAGUAUUGGACAGAGCAAGGAAUCUGGCAAGGCCCUGACACCAAGAGAGAAGUUCCACGCCUUUCUAUCCAUUCUCCUUUUUGUCGCCUCAGUGAUUUUUCUUGCACUCUUCGUCACUUUUUACACCAGAUAUGAAGCCGGGAAAGGUGCGGCUGCGGCUCUUGAAGGUGUUUGUCAGACGUUUGACUGUCUGGAGUCAGCUGCUUACAUCGCCAAAAGCAUCGACUCCAGUGUGGAUCCUUGCAAAGACUUUUACCAGUUUGCAUGCGGACGCUGGGUGGAGGAGCAUCCAAUACCAGCUGGCGAAAGAUCCAUCGACACUUUUAAAAUAUUAAAUGACGAGAUCAAUGAGUUCUUGAAAGACCAACUUAGAGUCAACGACAGCGCAGCACCCGAGCAGUCAAGCAGGCGCGAGCAUUCUUCCGUUCUUGCGAAGAUAUUGAUACCAUAAAGAAACGAGGCAAACAACCGUUACUUGACUUCCUCAAUCU